UGAGAGCAAGCAAAGGCGGGCUUUUACGGAUGACGGCCAAUGAGAUGUGUCGUUAGUAAUACGCGUCUUAGCAUUAGUUGCAUCCGGGUGAGGACUGGGUUUUUUUCUUAGAAGCUGUCGGCUCUCAGUCUUCAGGAUGCACGGAUCGCUUCGGGUGUUGCUUCAGGUGCUCUGGGCCCAGCUGCUUUGUGGGUGGGUGCUCGGCUCCGAGCUAACUUUUGAGCUGCCAGACAACGCUAAACAGUGUUUCUACGAAGACAUCAUCAUGGGCACCAAAUGCACCCUGGAGUUCCAGGUGGUGACCGGUGGUCAUUACGAUGUGGACUGCCGUUUGGAGGACCCAGAUGGCACAACACUCUAUAAGGAGAUGAAGAAGCAAUAUGACAGCUUUACCUUCACAGCAGCCAAGAACGGCACCUACAAAUUCUGCUUCAGCAAUGAGUUCUCCACCUUCACGCAUAAGACGGUUUACUUUGACUUCCAGGUUGGCGAUGACCCUCCACUUUUCCCAAACGAGAACAGAGUCACUGCUCUUACUCAGAUGGAGUCAGCCUGCGUGUCCAUCCAUGAGGCUCUGAAGUCGGUGAUCGACUAUCAGACACACUUUCGCCUCCGUGAGGCCCAGGGACGCAGUCGUGCCGAGGACCUCAAUACCCGCGUCGCUUUCUGGUCCAUCGGAGAAGCCAUUAUCCUUCUGGUGGUCAGCAUCAGCCAGGUGGUCUUGCUGCGAAGCUUCUUCUCUGACAAGAAGACCACGACAACACGUGUGGGCUCAUAACAGCCUCUGAGAUCUGACUCAUCACUUCCUUUGUCUGUUCUUGGGCUUGUGUGCAUGGAGUGCAUAGGAACAGCCGCGCUGAUCUGUAAUUGAAUCAUAUCAAGCGGCCAGGUCGUACAAUCUGACGCGGCUUCUUAAAUCAGUACAGCUGUUCUUACAACUUUAUGCAAAUUAGUCUUGAGGAGAAAAAAUAGUUGUGGGUUAAAAGUGUUUUUGAGGAUUAAAAAAAAAAGAAAAAAACAGGAGGAAGACUUGAUUGUGUUGCUUGUAACUAUCUGUAUUUGAAGCAGUUCAAGCACCGGCCAUAUAGCUAAAGAAAAACUUUAAGUCAUUUGAAUAUUUGAAAUGAUUUCUAAAUGUGUUCUUAUUUUAAAUGUGUCCUUUUCUAACCCCUGUCUUCAUGAUCUGUUCCAAUUUUCAUCCCAAACUGCUCUGAAAUAAGCACCCGAGUGGAUACUGGGACUAAAUGUAGUCAUAUUAUAAGGAUACUGCAGAUAUUUGUCUUUAUCUGCACUAGCUCUCAAAAGCCACGCUCUCAGUGCGAAGGUUGGAUUUGUUUAUGAAAAAUCUGUUGCAUUUUUUUCCUGUGUUACUAAAACUCACUUUAUUAAGUGAGAAAAUGGUAGAUGUUGUGUUUUUUGUUUUGAUCAGCUUUGCCAUUUUAGAUAGUAGUUAGAAAAGAGUUUGCUGUGUUCUGCAGAGAGUAAGCAGUCCUUUAAUCCGAUAUUAGUUUGACACCCUUUGUUCAUAAGGUGGUUGUUGGGUUGAAGGAUUGAAUUAAAAUGCAGAAGGUAUACCACGAGUGACUGCAACCCUAAUUCCUUAAAGAAAAUCUCUAUAAAUUAAAAGUAAGUUUUUGCUUUGUUUCCAUUUUGCUCUCUUUUACAUUGGGGGAAAUAUUGAUCGGUUUAAAUGUGCAACAUAAAUUCUAACAUACGGGAUGUAGGGUUUUCUUGUUGUUGUUUUUUUUUUUUAUUAUUACAUCUGUGUGACUCUGUGGCAGACAAAAAAGAAAUGACUCAUUCUUGUAUUUAAAACCGCAUCGUUUUGUCUGUUAAGUGGCAAUCCCAGCUGUUAGAGGUGUACCAGUUCCUUAAGUCAUUGUCUUUCUUUGAGCCGACGCUGUCCAUUUGGUUUUGUACAACAAUAUUGUAACAUUUGUGUGGUUGGAAGAAUUGUUGCUUGAAUAGAAGAUAAUUCAAGUGAAUACGAGUUAUAAUUUGAUGUUUCAAAACUCUCAUCUCACCCUUUUUUGACAUUUAUUUAGCAGUGCAGAAAGAAAUUUUAAACAUGCAUGUUUAUUUUUAGGGGUUUCACUACAAAUUUUGGUGAGCAGUUUUUUCGUACUAGUGUAGGUCACAUGCAAUGGUUUAUGGGCUUAGUUCACCUGGGUGGUUUGACUUUCAGGCAGGAAUCAUGUGGAUCUUUAUUUGUGGUUUACAAACAUCUUACUGUAAAUGUAUCUCUUUCACAUAGACAUUGGCUAAAGCACAAGUAUAAAGAAGCUGUUUUAACCUACAUAAUUUUACUAUACACAGCUAUAUGAAAAGAGAUGAGAACAGAUCUAAAGCUAAAAGAUUGUGGUUAUAUGUUAAACCUUUUCAGUCAGGGAUGGGAAAAGAAAAAAAAAUCAGUGUACAAAUAUUAUUAUCCCGCUGAAAGAAGCCAAAAAAGCUUGUUUCAUUUUAUUGUUCAGGUUUAUAGAAGUGUCCUACUUGGGAUAGAAGUGAUUAA